AUGUUUGCCCACCUGGACGGAUGUGUGAUUGAGCUCGAAGAAAUCUACAAACAUCGCGACAUGCGAGGACUGUACCAACACCUCAAGAGAUCAGUGGGCCUCAGCGGGAGACAAGCGGGGGGACAGCAGGACGACAUCCUCCAGCGGUGGGCGAGAUUCUUCAGCACCUUACUCAACACCAAAUCCCCCACCCUAAACCCAGACAUCAUCGAACGAGUGACGCAGCGGCCAGCGACACGUGACACUCAACGGUUGGGAGAUGUGCCAGAACCCGAGGAGGUGGCACGGGCAACGAAAGGCCUCAAGAAUUGGAAGGCACCCGGCCAUGACUCCCUCCCUGCCGAGUUGCUCAAGAUCGAUGACGACGAACCCUUCGUCCUGGGACACCUCCAUCCCAUCCUCGUCAAGGUGUGGAACGGAGGAGAUAUUCCGCGAGAGUGGAAGGAUGCAACCAUCAAGGUGCUGUACAAGAAGGGUGACCGGUCCAACUGUAACAACUUUAAGGGGAUUUCGCUACUAUCUUACGUAGACAAGGUCCCCAUCAAGAUCAUCACCAACCGUCUAAGCGCCUUCUGCGAAGCCAACAACAUCCUCCCGGAGGAAGAGUGCAGAUUUCGACCCGGGCGAUCCACGGUCGACAUGCUGUUCGUCGUGCGCCACCUCCAUCCAGGAGCUGGGGCGGAGAAAGAAAAUACCGCUCUACAUGUGCUUCGUCGACUUGAACAAGGCGUAUGA